AUGCCGAGCCCGGAGUCGGGCGCCGAUGCGACGUGGCCGCCCAGGCCGCGUUGUCUUACAUGCAAGCGCCGGAAGGUUAAAUGCACCGGAGGUCCUGAGCCGUGCGAAAACUGCCGCCGUCUCAGACUCGGCUGCACCUUCAACUACCCGGAGUCGGCCGUCUCCUCAGAGCCCGGGGAUCCCCACAACUUACUGGCGCCCACGGAGACCCUCACCGAGGCAGGGACCAGACGCCGGCGCAUUGCCAACGCUUGCGCCGAGUGUCGCGCCCAGAAGGCAAAGUGCUCCGGUCACCGCCCGCAGUGCUUCCACUGUAAUCGGCGGAACCUCACCUGCGUCUACCCCUCGUCGCCGUCGCGGCGAAAGAGCCGGCAGGCGAACGGCCAGCCGCAACAGUCUGCGUCCCCGGAGUCCUCCAGCACAUGUACGCUCAGUCAGGGUGCUUCAUAUGAAGCCGAGUCGACGCUGCAGCAGUACACGAAGACGCCGUCGCUCAACACCUCGCUGGAGCAGACGCUGCUGAGCACAGAUGUCAUCCGUCAACAUCUCGAAGUCUUCUUCGACCAUGUUUAUCCAUUGGGAUACGACUUCUUCCACCGGCCGUCAAUGAUGGAAGAGUUCUAUGCUGGCAAACUACCUCCAAUCCUGUGCACCUCCGUCUGUGCCGCAGCGGCGAUCUUCGUCUCGCGAUCCCGAGAGUCUCGAGUAUUGUCGAUCCAGUGGGCCAAGGAAGUUGACGGGUACAUCUUUGCCAACCUGAACGUUUUCAAGGUGCUCAACAUUCAGCUCAUGGCUCUGUCAAAGUUUCAAAACUUCGCGUACAGACAGUUUGGCAAGGUGUGGCUCCUGAUCAGCACCGCGGCUAGGUUAUGCGUGUCGUUCCAGCUGAAUGAUGAAAGGCCGCUGCCCCCAGACGCCGACACAUCGACGGUCAUCCGACGAGAGUGUGAGAGGAGGCUGGUAUGGCACGUCUGGUGGAUGGAUAAGGGGCUCUCUGCGGGCUUCGACGAGUUUACCUGUCUGCCGAACCGCUGGAUGAGAACGCCACUGCCUAACGCCGAACAUACGUUCCGUCAUGGGUUACUGAAGAAAACGAGCAAGCUUAGUGAUGGGGUUGAGGCCCUCGCUGCUCAUGACGCCGGAGCUAGGGCCUAUGUCAUGAUCCUAUUCAGCCUCCGAUGCGAAGUUCUCAGGCAAGCAUGCCCCCUCAUCAUCCCAAAUAGUGGAAAGAGUCUAACAUAUCACAGAUCAACAAAAGCUAUCGUCCUCGAAAGCCGCUCCGACUCAUCCCCCGCCGCAGUCGCCAAGGCACUCACAACCCUCAAAUCCCUCCAGUCCCAGCUCGCAAACUUCCUCGCCCACAUGCCCUCCCACAUCCAGCCGAGCGAGCUCAACAUGUUCUCCCACUCCACAACCCCCGAGUUCUCCGCCUAUAUCACCCUGAACUCGUGGUACCUGCAGACCUGCUGCGACCUCUACCGCACCUGCCUCCCCGGUCACGCCCGCGAGUCCGCAGCGCCAGCCUUCACAUCCAAAGCGCCCCCGGAAUUUGUCUCAACAUGGCGAGCUCUUGCCGUCUCACACGCCCUUCGCAUGGCUCGUCUGUGGGAGCAUCUCCAGGCCCUCCGCUCCAAAGGCGCGCUGCACUCAAAGCAGACGCGUCUGCCCAUUGGUUUGGGGUACGGCAACAUGGUUCACCAAUGCACCAAGACUCUUCUCACGGCAAGGAGGUACAGUUUAUACGACAAUUUAGUGGACCCUAUUACAGACACACCAGUCACUCUAGACGAUGAGACAGUCGAGGCACUGUGCAAGAGCAACCUCGCCUUACUCGACGACAUGUCCAACAUCGCGCCCAUCAUCGCCGUCCUCCAGCAAGACGUCAAAAAGAUGAUCGAGACAGAGACCAAGAACCGGCACACCGCACCCGAAAGCCCCGAGGAAGCAGCCCCGAUCAGCAGCGAGGUCCAGCGCAACACGCUGCUGAGCAGGUACCACCCCCUCUCGCAGAGCUUCGACGCCAACGCGAAGACGGUCGACGAGGUCGCCAUCCAGCACUCUGACUCGCCACAACUCUCCACGCGGUCACUGCAGGGAGACGUGCCUAUGGCGGAUAGAGAUCACUAUCAGAUGCACGCGCCCAGCGACAUCUACCAGGCCUCGACGGCGCACCCGAUAGGCCUCGGCCAGAUCGACUCCAGCCUUGACGGGCCGAUGACGUGGUCCGGCUUCGCAGAGAAUCAGCUGGCGCAGGACUACUACGUUGCGCCGUCGCAGUUCGACAUGAGCGGCGAGCUCAGCUGGUUCUUGUCGAGUUACCUCGACCCGGAUCCGAGCACGGGGACCGGACACGGAGGAGUCUCGACAGCCGGGUAA